AUGUGUGACAAACCUUUCUUUUAUAACCCCGAUAUCGAUACGAAAAUUGCCGGUUUAUAUGAUCUACAACAUACAAUUGGACGAGGACAUUAUGCUGUUGUGAAACAAGCACGCCAUGUAUUUACUGGUGAGAAAGUUGCAGUGAAAGUAAUCGACAAGACCAAACUGGACAAUGUUUCACGAGAUCAUUUGUUUCAGGAAGUUGUAUGCAUGAAACUUGUUCAGCAUCCAAAUGUGGUUAGAUUAUAUGAAGUUAUUGACACGCCAACCAAAUUGUAUCUUGUUCUUGAGUUAGGUGACGGAGGAGACCUAUAUGAUUACAUAACAAGUCAUGGCGAUGGUCUAAGUGAAAAAGUUGCAAAACGGUAUUUUCGCCAAAUAGUAACUGCCAUUGCUUAUUGCCACAAGUUAAGAGUGGUUCACCGAGAUCUAAAACCAGAGAAUGUAGUUUUUUUCGAGAAACUGGGUUUGGUUAAGUUAACAGAUUUUGGAUUCAGUAAUAAAUUUAUUCCUGGCACUAAUUUAGACACAGCUUGCGGCUCGUUGGCUUACUCAGCUCCGGAGAUAUUGCUGGGUGACUCAUAUGAUGCUCCAAAAGUGGAUAUUUGGUCUUUAGGUGUGAUAUUAUAUAUGCUUGUCAGCGGAAAUUUCCCUUUUCAAGAAACAAAUGAUAGUGAAACGUUAACGAAGAUCAUGGAUUGUGAUUAUUCCAUGCCUUCACAUUUAUCACCAGACUGUAAGCGGCUUAUUUCUCGUUUACUAAUACGUGAUCCACAAAAGCGUGCUCAUCUUGAUGAUAUCCUUCCCAGUCGCUCAGACUCAGAUACCUCAUUUCUAGAACAUCAUGACACUAGUCAUUUACCCCCUAACUUGGACCACUCUUUUUCUCCAGAAGAGCCUUCAGAUGAAUCUUUCACGCAAAAUGAGACAAAGUGUUCAGGUACAAUUACCGAAAUAAGUGAUAUGAUUAGGAAUAACCAUCGCAGUAUUUUGCCGUCAAUCUCUGGAAUGAAUAAAAGAGGUUCUACUAGAUCUCCGCAUCGUACUCUUAGCAAUUCUCGUAAAACUGCUAGUUGGUGUAGUUCCGCACCUAUAUUGUGCGAAACAUCUGAACAGCCCCAUUUGACUUUUGUGCCAUCGAAUAAUAUUGGGCUGACCACUUUAUCACUUGAAGGUAACUCUCAGUUGGGUGGUUCGAAUACGGUUCGAGAACAUUGCACUCCAAUACGUGAAGAAGAUGACGAAGUAGUACGUUCUGGAGAAUCUACUUUUAAGACACCUAAUCUGUUAUUUGGCUUGAAUCACCGAAGGAAGUCUGAAUCGUCAAGUAUGCAUACAAGUUCAACUCUUUUCACGACAUCCAAUAUUACCCGUGAUGGAUUCGCAACUUUGGCUGAAUCGGAGUCAACUUCAACCAUUAGUCAGUUACCCAACACAAGUGCUCAGCGAAACGAUGCUUUACAAAAUGGUGGCAGUUCACAAUGUACUACACUUAGCUCUCUCGCAACAAGUUUGCGAGAUUCACGCUACAUGAUCGACAUUAUACGAGGAACAUUUGAAUUACAAUGUCAGUAUAACCGUAGAUUUACUAAUUCCAUUGCUGGAGUUAGCAGUUGUGAAUAUAAUUCUAGCCGACCUAGCACCUCAACGUCUGUUCGUAGCCUCACUGCUAUAUCAGAAGGUUUCCGUAUCGAAAAUCAACGAAAAGAAGAUUCUCCUUUACAAGAUUCACAAAGACUCCCCCUUCAUCAUCGUGAUUUACUCCAUCCAUUGGAAUCCAUCUUAAAAGCUUCUACAAAAAGCAAUAUUUUACAGAAUUCCAAUAUGGUCAAAAAUUCUAUGAAUAGUUGUUUGAAUCGUGAUUUUCCUGUUACAGGUUCAUCUCAGAAAAGAAGGAUGAGUUUACCAGCUAGUAUAAGUGGCAUUACAAACACAGAUGUUGCUUGUUCAGUGAGUCCUGUUUUAGAAUCGAUUGAGAACAAUUUCCCUUCCUCUCUUUCUCUUGAUCAUAGUUCACCCGUAAGAUUUGACAAUUUUCUUACUCAUAACCAUAGGAAUGGGUCUUGUAAAUCUGUUAGUCAAUCUACAACUUCAUUUAAACGUCCUUCACAUUUAUCUUCAAAACGAGAGUCUUUUAAGAAGUCGAACAUCAGCUGUCUUCCUGAUCAUGGUUGUAGUAUAGUUGAAAACAUGAAUUCAGAAACCCAUAAUAAUAGUAAUAAUAACAAUAAUAAUAAUAUCAGUAAUUAUUCUGAGUUGUCAAGUGAAUCCGUUAACCACUGGACCCAUAAAUCAAAUACGCCAAAUCAUAAACAAGUAUCAUCGUUUAUACUAAGCAAACAUAGAGCUAGAUUAGCAUGUUGCUCAGUUUCGUGA